UCUUGCAAGAGUAGCAAUGAGUUUGAUUAAUCUAAAUUUCCAGCUGAAAGCAAUAAUAAUAGUGAUGCUGCAUUUGAAAAUUGGAGAUGCAAAUGAUGCUAGUUGCAUCGAGGAAGAGAGACAAGCUCUUCUCAACAUCAAGCAUGCCUUUCUUGACCACUAUGGCCGUUUGUCUUCAUGGGGAUCUUCUCCAGAUUGUUGCCAUUGGAGUGGCGUUCUUUGUCAUCCUCAAUCUGGGCACAUUCAAAUGCUUGAUCUCCAUGGUCUAUCAUUACUGGCACGAUGGCAACCUUUAAGAGGAGAAAUUCCUAUUGGGACACAAUUGCAAAGUUUGGACGCCUCUAGCUAUAAAGGAAAUCCUUACCUUUAUGGAAGGCCACUAGACAAGCUUGGCUCUUUUGAAGAACAUCCACUGGGGAAUGGACCACAAGGUGAUUAUGUUGCUAAUAAAGUUUCCCCUUUCACAAAAGGAUUCUAUGAGAGCUUGGGUGUGGGAUUUGCUACUGGAUUUUGGAUAAUCUUUGGCUCGUUGCUAGCUAUUCGCUCAUGGAGGCAUGCCUACUUCAAUUUCUUAAACAAGAUGGCAGACUUUAUUUAUGUGACAACUAUACUCUUUAUGGCAAGAUGGCAUAGGUGGCUUCGCAACUAAUUAAGGUUGGAGCUUCUAAUCAAGUGAGGACUUGGACUUAUAUGCAAAAGCUAAGGAAUUCUUGUUGGAAUUCUUGUUCAUGAAAAUUGAUCUGAUAGGACUACGUGUCAUAUAUAUUAGUGGAUGUAAUGUGUGAUAUGAGAAUUUAUAUAAAUUGUUGAUUUAAUCAAAAUAGUCAUCGUGGGGUUGAAUUGUUGAAAUACAAUAGAAUUAAGAGACGUCAUUGGGGUGAUGCCGUUUUAUUAGUUUCUUUAGCUUUGAAAUUACUAAUUAUUCAUUGGUGUGAAUUGUAAUUUUGUUGUAACUCCAUUGGCA